AUGGCAAGCUCAUUACGGCUGUAUCUAGCAUGCAUAAAAAACACACUCGAGGCAGCCAUGUGCUUACAGAACUUUCCUUGUCAAGAAGUUGAAAGGCAUAAUAAACCAGAGGUUGAACUAAAGACAAGCCCAGAACUUUUGCUAAAUCCUGUUUUAAUAUGCCGUAAUGAGGCUGAAAAGUGUUUAAUAGAAACAUCUAUAAAUUCACUCCGGAUAAGCCUCAAGGUCAAACAAGCGGAUGAACUUGAGAACAUAUUAACGAAGAAGUUCCUUAGAUUUUUGUCCAUGAGGGCAGAAGCUUUUCAAGUACUCAGGAGGAAGCCAGUGCAGGGCUAUGACAUUAGCUUUCUUAUAACAAACUACCACUGCGAAGAGAUGCAGAAACAGAAGCUCAUCGAUUUCAUCGUUCAGUUUAUGGAGGAUAUAGAGAAAGAAAUAAGCGAAUUGAAGAUUUCAGUGAACACCAGAGGAAGACUCGUUGCUACAGAAUUUCUGAAACAGUUUAUGUAA